GUAGCCGAGGCGGCGGGGCGCGUGCGGCGGGGGCGGGUAGCGCGCGGCGCCGUCGUUGCCGACUUGCCGGUCUGGCGGUCGGUGUGGACCCGCUCGGGCCGGCGCUGAGGAGAACGCACACACCCCGCCAUCCCCGCCCCUCCUUCAGCGACGAGGGGGCGGCCCCGCUUCCCUGCAGCGGCUCUCGGCGCCUUGGCUUGCCCCGGGGAGCUACCAUGGACAGGACCGCCGUGGCGAAGAUGGGAGCGGUGGCCAGUGCCAGCGUGUGCGCCCUGGUCGCCGGGGUGGUGCUGGCCCAGUACAUCUUCACCAUGAAGAAGAAGACGGCCUGUAUGCAAGCCCUGCAUCUCUGGACUCUGCUUGCCACCUAUGCUGUUGCAGUAGGACAAAAUCAAGGACAGAAGAAUCAGGAGUGCCCUAAGCUCAACGCACAGAUGCCAGAAUUUCAGAAGAAGACUGUCCACAUUAAGGACCCAGGAAGAGUAGAGGAAAUUAUUUGUGGCCUCAUCAAAGGUGGAGCUGCCAAACUUCAGAUUAUAACAGAUUUUGAUAUGACAUUAAGUAGAUUUUCCUACAAUGGAAAAAGAUGUCCAACUUGUCAUAACAUCAUUGAUAACUCUAAGCUCAUCACAGAGGAAUGUCGGAAGAAGUUAUUGCAGCUGAAAGAAACCUAUUAUGCUAUUGAAAUUGAUCCAGCUCUCACUAUUGAAGAAAAAUAUCCAUAUAUGGUAGAAUGGUACAAUAAAUCUCAUGCACUACUCAUUGAACAAGGCUUACAAAAAGAUAAGUUUGCAGAAAUUGUGAGGGAAUCUGAUGUUAUGCUGAAAGAAGGAUAUGAGAACUUCUUUGAUAAACUCAGUGAACAUAAUAUUCCUGUGUUCAUAUUUUCUGCUGGGAUUGGGGACAUUCUUGAGGAAGUCAUCCACCAGGCUGGGGUCUACCAUUCUAAUGUCAAAGUGGUUUCCAAUUUCAUGGAUUUUGAUGAACAUGGAAUAUUAAAAGGAUUUAAAGGAGAAUUGAUUCAUGUUUACAACAAACAUGAUGGUGCCUUGAAGAAUACAGAGUACUUCAAACAACUAAAAGACAACAGUAAUAUCAUACUGCUGGGUGAUUCUCAAGGAGACUUGAGUAUGGCAGAUGGAGUAGCAAAUGUUGAACACAUUCUUAAGAUCGGCUAUCUCAAUGAUAAAGUAGAUGAGCUUUUGGAAAAAUACAUGGACUCUUAUGAUAUUGUCUUGGUGAAAGAUGAAUCCCUGGAAGUUGCCAACUCCAUCCUACAGAAGAUCCUGUAAAUUGCAGUCUCAAGUCACUCCAUUCCUUCCAGGAGGCAACUGGACAGAAGAGCACACAUGUGCUCUUAUAUGUGUUUAUUACUCAUUUACAGAACUGUUUAAUUUAAUUUAAAACUUUUAUCUUCAUUUUGGUAUUUUGAAAUAUAUAUAUAUGGAAUCCAUUGUCAACUAGAAGCUCCUUUUACGGCUCUUAUGCUGUUCUUUAUUGUCUCACACUCCUGUUAUAACUAUAUUUAAAUUGGAUUUAUAGAUGUGAUAAACUGCUGCUGAUGGGAUACUAUGGUUCACUGUCUUUUAAUCAGGCAUUUCAGAGGAGCAUUUUAGAAAAUGUGGCUAUUUUGUAAUAUUGAAGAUGUAAACGUUCUGUGAAUAAGCAGCAUGCGCAUUUGUGUUGCCUUUUCUUUCAAAGAAGAUAUUUCAGUCUCGGCUGUACUUUGAAGGAUCUUACUUAUAUGCUACAGACUGCCACAGAAUUUUUUCAUACAUAUAUUUUUCUUCAGUAAAAACGCUUUAUUCACCCAA